AUGGCUGCAAGCCAGCGAGUGGGCAUACCAUGGGCUGGGACAGUUGCUGGUGCAGUACAUCUACUUACUAUGAGUGCCAGUCUCAAGACACUCAAUACAGACGCAACAUUUGUCCCGGUCUUUAUUCCAACCUGGAAGCGACUGGCUGCAGCAAAUACAUUGUCUCUCUCGUGGACUGGCCGCGGAGGUAAUAGCUCCAGCACAAUCGGGUUCGCUGAUCCUCCAGGUAGAUAG